AUGGCCUCCCUUCCAAUUCUAUCCUCCAUGUCUCUGGGAAUCUUUCUUCUCAUUUGGAGCUACUUCCAAUGGGUAACACUCGGAGAUAACCCAUCAACAAAGGUGAGUGUCUCUGUGCCCUCUUCUACUGCGAAGCUGUACAUUGUGGAUCUUGGAGAAAGACAAUCCGAAGAUCCACAGCUUGUGACUGCUUCCCACCAUGAUAUGCUGUCUUCCGUACUGGGGAGCAAGGAAAAGGCUCGCGAUUCAAUUGUUUACAGCUACAAACAUUGCUUCUCGGGCUUUGCGGCCACGCUCACGCCAUCUCAAGCACGCCAAAUUGCAGAAUUGGCGGAGGUGAUCAGUGUCAGUCCAAGCCGCACUUUUCCUCUGCAUACCACACGAAGCUGGGACUACCUCGGCCUACGGUCUGGCCAGCAGCAACCCACAGGACUACUUGAGAAAGGCAAGGAAGGCGAUGGCAUCAUCAUCGGAGUUGUCGACACAGGCAUCUGGCCGGAAUCGAGAAGCUUCAACGACGACGGUUAUGGCCCCGUCCCAUCCCGUUGGAAAGGAAAGUGUGAAGUAGGUCAAAACUUCACCGUCAACCACUGCAACCGCAAGAUCAUCGGUGCAAGAUACUACAGUAAAGACGUCGACCCGUCGGAGGUCGCGCGAGACUACGACUCCCCCCGUGACGCCAAUGGCCAUGGAACACACACCGCUUCCACCGCAGCAGGUUCUCUGGUAAGCGAUGUAAACUUCCACGGUCUCGGUGCCGGUACAGCAAGAGGAGGCGCUCCUCGUGCGCGGCUAGCAAUCUACAAGGUGUGCUGGGGAUCAGGAAUAUGCGGGGAAGCCGACGUACUACAAGCCAUAGAUGACGCGGUGGAUAACGGGGUGGACAUCUUGUCACUGUCGAUCGGUGGGUAUGGUCAUUUUCCGGCGUCACUAGGCGCGGUAAGGAAGGGGAUAACGGUGGUCUUCUCUGGGGGCAACGAUGGCCCGGUUCCUCAAACAAUCAACAACGCGGUGCCAUGGGUCAUCACGGUGGCUGCCAGCACUAUCGAUCGCUCUUUUCCGACCGACAUAAUCCUUGGAAACGGACGAACUCUGGUGGGACAAUCAAUGUGCUACGCGUCCAGUGAUCCAGGAGACAAAGUUCUUGUAGCUUUUGACAGUUGCUCAGUGGUGCCUCAAUAUCUCACGCAAUUAGCAGACAAGAUUGUGCUAUGCUUUGAUCGUGCAUUUGCUGCCGCCGUCGAUGCUGCCGGUGAGACCUCCCAGUUGCUAGCGAGAUUGUCGCAAGCCGGAGCAAGGGGAGCUAUUAUUGCACGAUUCCCGCGCAGCAUCCUCCCAGACUGCAGCGGCAUUACAUGCGUCCUCGUGGAUUUUGAUGUAGGCGGACAGAUAGCCAACUAUGCCAACGUGGAAACUGCAAGUAGGAGAAUCCCCGUGGUGCGUGUGAGCCCUGCAUCCAACAUCGUCGGGAGCCAAGUGAUGUCGCCGAGGGUGGCAGCUUUCUCCGCAAGAGGGCCGCAUACAAGCUAUCCGGACUUAGUGAAGCCUGACAUCACAGCUCCGGGAGUCAAUAUCUUGGCGGCAGUGAGAGAUGGGUAUCAAUUUAUGUCAGGAACUUCAAUGGCUUGCCCUCAUGUAUCUGGAAUUGCAGCUCUUCUCAAAGCAGUGCAUCCCGAUUGGUCUCCAGCUGCCAUCAAAUCAGCACUUGUUACCACCGGUGAGUAA